AUGGACGCCCCCGGGGCCCCGGCACCGACCCCCGCCCCGGGCCCGGGCAGGAAGGAGCUGAAGAUCGUGAUCGUGGGCGACGGCGGCUGCGGCAAGACUUCGCUGCUCAUGGUGUACAGCCAGGGCGCCUUCCCCGAGCAUUAUGCCCCGUCGGUGUUCGAGAAGUACACAGCCAGCGUGACCGUGGGCAGCAAGGAGGUGACCCUGAACCUCUACGACACGGCCGGCCAGGAGGACUACGACCGGCUACGGCCCCUGUCCUACCAGAAUACGCACCUCGUGCUCAUCUGCUACGAUGUCAUGAACCCCACGAGCUACGACAACGUCCUUAUCAAGUGGUUCCCUGAGGUCACGCAUUUCUGCCGUGGGACCCCCAUGGUGCUCAUUGGCUGCAAGACAGACCUGAGGAAGGACAAGGAGCAGCUGCGGAAACUCCGGGCCGCCCAGCUGGAGCCCAUCACCUACACGCAGGGCCUUAGCGCCUGCGAACAGAUCCGAGCUGCGCUCUACCUGGAAUGUUCUGCCAAGUUUCGGGAGAACGUGGAGGACGUCUUCCGAGAGGCCGCCAAGGUGGCCCUGAGCGCUCUGAAGAAAGCACAGCGGCAGAAAAAACGCCGGCUCUGCCUGCUGCUCUGAUCCUAGCGAUCCUAGGUGGCCUUCAUGACAGCACUGACAGGGCCCGGGUCCCCAGGCCCAGACUGUGCCUGGGAUCCUGCCUUGUCCCCAACAACUCUCUGGCACCUGGUGUCUGGGGCCUGCAGCUAGACUCUUGAACAUUCUGGAACUCUCUCCUUUCCCAGCUGGGGCUCUGACCACAAGCCCAGCUCCAGGCUUACACUGGAGCGUGGUAAUGAUGAGGGUGCUGGAUCCUCCUCCCUUUGUGCCCCAGAGCCAGUGUUUGUCCCCAGGCCUCAGGAGUGCACUCGUCACAGCCUCCACCAGCCACGUGUGUGCCCGGUUGCAGACCCGACUUACACUUAAAUCUACGUCUGGGAGUGGGCGCGUGUGCAUCUGGCGUUGUUCCCCACGGGCACCCCGCUGCUCCUGCCACCCGCCUCCCUGGGCUCCCGAGAUAGCCACGGCUGCAUCCCCCAGCUUCUUCCUUCCUUCCCAUGGGAACUCGGGGCACGGCGGGGCUGGGGCCUAUCAGGAGAACACAGGCAGCGGCCCCGGAUGAGGGCCUGGCACACCCCCAGCGCCCGCCUGCCCCACAUGGAAGACGUCAGCCUCAAGCUUCGGCUUGGCCACCAUCUCUGCAGAGCUGGGCACAUGUGCACAGGGGGAGAGGAAAGGGUCUCUCAGCAGUAAGACCUACACCCUGUCCCAGCCGUCUGCCCGCUGUGCAAGGUCUCGUCUAACCCUCUCCCCCGCCCCCGCACUGUUGGAGACUCAGGAUGGAAAGUGCCACGAGCUCCUUGUGUUAUCUUGAGCAAGUCGGUUCUCUCUAGAACAUCCUCAUCUGCGACACAACAGGAUUGGUCCAUUUAAAUAGUCGUCCAGCUACCUACCUUCUGUCCCUCACAGCCUCUGCUUCUGCCAGCACAUGGCGUCCAGGAGCCGCGACCAUCCUGGCCUCCUUCGAGAACUGACACGAUCGACCCCCUCCCCACGUGGGAUGGCUUCUCAAAACCGGUCAGCAGACCGCCUCGUGAGCAACACCAAACACCUGAGCCCGGAAUCGCCUGGGAGCGCUGGGGUCGGGGAGCCAGGACUGUUUGAACAAGUGCCCCAGGUGAUUCUAAUGCCCACCAGAGACAGAGAGCUGCCCUGUGCUAGAGAUCCUAAGAUGGCAUAAUGGCUUCAGGUGGCACCUGCCCUCCCCACCAUCUCCUGCCUCAGCCCCCCUUGCCCAGUGCUGGGGCCUCAACUAAACCUGUGCUCAGCAGUCAGUCUGCCAAGGGAAGGAGACCGAAACCCACCCCACCCCAGCUGGGCUCUGCAAGGCCCUGCCAUCCCAUGGAGAAUCAACCAAGGACCUGUUGUUCUGGAAGAAUCCAAGGCCUUGUGGACAAAU